GCAUGCAGCUGGUUGUUGAUAUCGGUGCUAGCCCAAUAAAACUAUAUAAAAGUCAAGAGCAAGGUCCCAGUCCUUUCUAAACAAGGUGAUAGUGUAUUACAGAAGCUGUGUACGCUUUGAGUGUAACUACCUUGUUUGAGGAAAGGUAAAAGAGGGAACAGGUGACUAUUAUUUCAUGAAAAUAUCCCCUGGGAAGUGUUUGUUUGGUUUUGAUGCCGUGCACCUGAGUGUGGAACUAUGCCCGCAGCCACUGUGGAUCAUAGCCAAAGAAUAUGUGAGGUUUGGGCCAGCAACCUGGAUGAGGAGCUCAAUAGGAUCCGACAGGUGAUCCGAAAAUACAACUACAUUGCAAUGGACACAGAGUUUCCAGGUGUAGUUGCAAGACCAAUCGGAGAGUUUAGAAGCAAUGCAGAUUACCAGUACCAACUGCUACGGUGUAAUGUUGACUUGUUAAAGAUCAUCCAGCUUGGCCUUUCAUUUAUGAACGAUCAGGGCGAAUACCCACCAGGGACGUCAACAUGGCAGUUUAAUUUCAAAUUUAACCUCACGGAAGACAUGUAUGCACAGGAUUCCAUUGAGCUGCUCACUUCGUCAGGUAUCCAGUUUAAGAAGCAUGAGGAGGAGGGCAUUGAGACACUGUACUUUGCUGAGCUGCUUAUGACCUCGGGUGUGGUGCUUUGUGAGGGGGUCAAGUGGCUCUCAUUCCAUAGUGGCUAUGACUUUGGGUACCUGAUAAAAAUGUUGUCCAACUCAAAAUUGCCAGAGGAAGAGGUUGACUUCUUCGAGAUUCUUCGGUUAUUUUUUCCCAUCAUUUAUGAUGUGAAAUACCUCAUGAAGAGCUGUAAGAACCUGAAGGGUGGUCUGCAGGAGGUGGCAGAGCAACUUGAGCUGGAGAGAAUUGGACCUCAGCAUCAGGCAGGUUCUGAUUCACUUCUCACAGGAAUGGCAUUCUUCAAGAUGAGAGAGAUGUUUUUUGAGGAUCACAUAGAUGAUGCUAAGUAUUGUGGCCACUUGUAUGGACUGGGUUCAGGCUCAUCCUAUGUCCAGAAUGGCACUGGAAAUGCCUAUGAGGAGGAGGCCAACAAGCAGCAGUCAUGACACAAAAAGAAUCCCUCACCAUAAAGAACCUACAGGGCUUAAACAUAGGUUUUUAGUUGUUUUUGUUUUGUUUGUUUGUUUUUUCAUGAGAUAUUUUAUAGGAAUUUGCACUUUAAAGCUCCCAUCUGACAGAAGAGAAAAAAACUUCUUCCCUUUGUUGCCUUCUCUGGGUUAAAUUGUUUCACACAAUGUUCAUCUUUUAUGGUUAAAGAAGAGGAACCAUUUGGUGUUUUAGUUUUUCCCCCCACAGCUGAGCCUUAAUAUUAAGCUACAUUUUAUGUUCAUUUUUUAUUGUUCAUUUAUUGUAUUUUUUUUUUUCAUGUACUGUUACAUAGUUCAUUGACUAAUUUGGCAAAACAGAGUAUGCCAGUCACCUACGUGACCUGUCAUUCCCUGAUCACAGGAGUUCGGAUUUUUCACAAUUUGCAAUAACUUUAGACAGAUGGAGGAUCUCACAGACAUGAAAUACAGGCACUUGUAAUUGUGAAGUGAAGCCUUGCACUGAUUUUACCCUUUAUGUUGGGUUAGCACAGAUUUUACCACAAAAGUAAAUUAAGAGUGAUAAUGUAACUGCCACUAUUUAAGUGAUCUGAGGUCACCUCAUACUUCUGUAUCAAGAUUGUCUUUCCAUUUUCAUUUUUAAAAGAGAUUUAAAGGUUUUGUAGUAUUUUAGUAUUAAAACAUUCAAAGCCUUUUAUUCAUUUAAGAAAUAAUGCCUCUUAAAUAAUCUUAGCCAACUCAAGUACUCGUAUCAGUUGAAUUAGUUUUACUUGUAGUGCUGGUUUUUGAAUGGUGCACAUUUUGUGCUGUUUGGGGUUUUCUCCUUUUAUUUUCUCUGUUUUGUAUUGUAUUGCUUUACAAUUCUGUGUUGACUAGAUCUGCUGCAUGAACUGAAAAAACAUUUGAAUAAAUGCUGUGUUAACUAAUCUGAGCUUUUAUAGACAAUUGAAUCGCUUGAACACCGCUUGUCUUUUUUGUUGAAAGUCUGAUUUGGUGAAUGAUGAUUAUGAUAGCUCUUAAUUCCCCCUCAUCCCCUUGUCCAUCUUAAUGUGUACAGUAGCCACAUUGGUAUUAUGCAAUCUAAAGAGUGACUGAUUUUAGAGUAUUUGGAAAUAAAAGCCUCAGAUUUUUAUAACAUAUCCAAAGUCUGUUCAGACUUAUGGCGUAUUAAAGUGGUAAUUCACACAAAAACGAAAAUUUCUCAUCACUUACUCACCCACAUGCCAUCCCAGAUGUGUAU